GUUAAUUAUAAUGUAAAUUUUGGUCGUGGAUCUUAACAAAAGUGCAUCGCGUCUUUGGUUUCGUGCUUGAAGUCAAAUAUUUUGAGACACACACAGGGGAAUGUCAAAAAACUCCUACCAGAGCCAUCAGUGAUACAGGCUACUUGCUGUCUACGAAAAUUAACCAUGUGAUUAAACAGUGGAAUUACAGAUCCUAAGUAACUGUUGCUUAAGGGACAUUGAUUUUAACUGACAUAACUUGACCAAAUUUGGCAUCAUGGGGGAGACAUUCGCCCAAUGGAACCUGCUCCAGCUGUCCCUGAUCGCAGUGUUUCCUGCGUACCUAGCAUACAUCCGGCCUGUGGACGGGAUGGCCCUCAUUUCGUUAUACGUCUACCUAUUUGUCCUUUGUAUGCCGGCCAUGCUGAUUCAAAUGAAACUGGGCGGAUACAACCAGAAGGGGAUUGUGGGAUUGCUGUCUCAACACCUGCCAAUUAGCAAAGGUGUGGGUGUGGCCUUGCUAGUUGACCUCUUCUUGACCUGUCUAUACGUCGCUCCAUUGGUCUGUCACUUUGGAAUGUACGCCAUCCUGUCGAUGAUGGAGCAGCCGUACGUGUGGAGUAGUUGUGGCAAUGAGUGGAACACGGAAAACUGUGUGGACAUCCAUCAGAAAGUCCAGGCAGCUGGAGGUAACUCAGAGAAGACCUACACCAUCAACAAUGGAGUGGCCCAGAACCUGAGGGUCAUGCCCGAGCUGGAGUUCUACCAUAACGCCUACCUGGGGCUGUCAGACUCUAUCGGCAAUGUGACGGGGUUCCCUGUGUGGAAUUUUACGACACAGCUACAGAAUGUGGGGAUCUCUCUCCUCCCGGUCACCCUAGCCGUCCUGUGGAUUCUCGUCUUUCUCUUCACCGCCUUCGGGGCCCGCGUGUCUGGAUGGAUCCUGUUUGUGCUGGGCUUGGCAUUUGUGGGGAUGUUGCUGGCCGUCCUGGGGUACGGAUAUAACAGCCUGGACUCGGACAGCUCGAACAGCUUCCUACUGACCUUCUACAACCUCAACUUCCGAGGAUUCCUACAGCCCGUGGACACCAGGGUCCUCAUCAAUACGGCCAGUGAGGGGUUUGACCUGCUGAUGAAUUCUCUCCCCGUCUGGACGGCCAUUCCUGUCACCAUGGGCAAAUUCACGGGACAAGGCAAAAUCAGUCGCAACUUAGGCUGGCUCCUGGUGAUCGUGACAUACGCCCUCAUAAUCCAAGUCCCUCAGCUGGCCAUGGCACCCUACAUAGGGAACCUGCUGACUAAAGUGAAAGACACCAAGGUCCUCAGGGAGGGCUCUCUCAAUGUCACCACGAGAGGAAUGAGCAUACAGUUGGUGUUUAACGUGAUGCCGGCAGCCUUCGCUGAGCUGGAGAUUCCCCCGGUGUAUGCCAUGCUGUUCUUUCUAUCCCUCUUCAUCUGUGGAUUCAUGUUCUUGUGUGUGGCCAUGUUGACUAUAGUAGACAAUAUCGUAGACAGCCUGACUACGCGGUUUGUGCGACUACACGACAGGAAGCACUGCUGUACGUUUGUGACGACGUUCUUUCUGAUGGUGGCCCUCAUCUGUAUGGGACUCUUGAUGACAACCACGGCGGGAUUCUACUACGUGAUACUGUUGGACCAGUCCGUCACGCGGCUCCGAUUUAUCACUGUUUUUAUUCUGGCCGUCUCUGUUAUCAUUGUGUAUGUGAAGCACACAUUUAGUAUUGUGGAGAGAAUUCUGAUCAGCAUCUGGUGUAUACUGGCUGCCACGGCAACCGCGGGAUUCUGGCUUUACUCCUUCAUCAUGUACCUGGGGUUCCCUCUCAGCUAUAACGGGCAUGAGUACACCAAGGUGUUUGACCUGAUUUCCUGGAUCAUCUCUGCCGUACCGUACAUCGCCAUUCCGGCCGCCGCCAUGCACAGCUGUGGGCUGUUUGAGGGAACGUGUAAAGAGCGAAUGCAGUACAUGUUCUGUGGUGUCCAGGACGAGCCGCGGGACUACCAGGGCUACUACCCCGCCCCAGAGCCCAGCGCCCCUCCCGCCUAUUCUUACAACACCAACAGCUACAACAGGAAUGGGGCCAUGUUGUACCCGAUGGCGGACGUCCACAAAGACAUGUACGACCCCGAGCUAGAACCACUGGACACGCGGCUCAGGUCUAGUCAGAUCUAGCAAUGAGUGGCUGGUGUGAAUUUCUAGUGUGGCAACAGUGGACAUUACAUAGGGACAAUGUACAUGUAAUGUAAUAUAUAGUGUGGCAACAGUGGACAUUACAUAUGGACAAUGUUAUGUAACUUUUAGUGUGGCAACAACGGACCUUUUAUAAGGACAAUGCAAUGUAAUUUUUAGUGUGAAAACAACGGACAUUAUAUAGGCAAAGUGUAAUGUAAUUUCUAGAUUGGUAACAGGGGACAUUAUAUAGGGACAAUGUAAUGUAAUGUAAUCUCCAGUGCGGCAACAGGAGAUGGGAACAUUAUUUAGGGACAAUUACAUGAUAUAGGGACUAUUUUGUUAUUUGUGAGACUUAUUAUUGAGGUAUACUUAAAGAGACAAAAGGUUCAAAGGGUGAAUUAAAUAUCUGGUAUAGCAACAUGGGACAGUUAUGUUGUAUGUAAUAAAUAUAAGGAAUUCUAAAGAGUCACAGGGUUGUUAAAGGGAGUAUUUUUAUAGCACAAAGAAAUAAAAGAUUGAUUUUGAUUCAUGUUAUAGAACACUGGGCACUGUCAAUAUGGCAAAGAGGUUACUACAACGGGAUUCCCUUAUGCAUGUAGAGCAAUAGAUUUAUGUUGAUGAUUUACAAAUUACAAUUUAUUUUAAUGUAACACCUAUACUUUAACAAAAUAUUGAUCUCUGUCUAGCUUUAACAAAUUGAAUGAUUAUAAUAUUGGGUGGGCAAGCAUUCUUUAUUAAUAUCAUUUUUGAGUCUGACAAAACAGAAGGGGUGGAAAUCCACUUAGCAUUUAUAUGAUCCUUUGAAUGAGGAGUGUCAAAAAAAAAUCAUGGAAUUUCAAAAUUUGAACUGGAAAAUAUUGCUUCCCUCCAUGAGCAUUCCAGUGAUCAAAUUUUCUUUCUUGUUAAAUACUUUGUGUACUUCUGUUUUUUUUUCUUUUUGGGGACCACCCCUUUUGUAUUCACAGAAUUUUUACAAGAUCUGUCUUCUGCCUGCCAUUUUCAUUUUGAGCAAACAGUCAUUAACAUGUAUUACAAUUUUAACAUAAGGAAUGAUGUUUAAGAACACGCCACAGAUUGGAUCUCUCACCAGCUGUUCUGAAGCUCUAGAUGUGUUAUGUAGUUUUAUUUUCAUAUUGUUGUACAUAGAAAAAAUAUUGUAACCUAUUGUUACAUGUGAUGCGAAGGUGUAAACACUUGCAUUGUUUAUUAAUCAAAUUUUUAUACCCCCGCAAACGAAGUUUAGGGGGGUAUAUUGGUUUCACCCCGUCCGUCUGUCCGUCUGUCUGUCUGUCCGUCUGUCCGUCUGUCUGUAGACGCAACUUUGUCCCCCCUAUAGAAUUUUUUAUUACUGCAUGGAACAGUUUGAAAAUUUGUACAUAUGUUGAACACCAUCUGAAGAUGUGCACCUGCAAUUUUUUUUAAGAUCAGACAAGAUUUAAUGAUUUUAUGACAGUUUUCAUUUUCCUUAUUCUAUAUAUUGUACACUAAUGUUGAAAAGUAAGGGAGGUAAUCCUUACAGAUUUUAUUAAUUAAUUAAUAGAAAACACUCUAAAAUAUAUUUAUAUAAAUACAUCCA